AUGGCGUCUCCAAGUCCCCCCACUCCCCCCAGCGCCAAGCGGGUCAAAACCAACAAGGACACCCCCUACAACCUCAUCUACUGGCCCGGCAUACCCGGCCGCGGCGAACCCAUCCGCCUGGUCCUCGAAGAAGCCGGCGCAACCUACACCGACACCGCGCAGAUGGAGAACGGCAUGUUCACCGUGACCGCCCACAUCGCCGACGACAACACAGGCGACCCGUCCAACCCCCCUGCUCUGGCCCCGCCCAUCCUGAAGCACGGCGGCCUCGUCAUCUCCCAGCUGUCCAACAUCCUGCUCUACCUCGGCCAGCGGCUGCACCUGGCGCCGCGGUUCGGCGACGGGGCGGGGGACGGCGCCUACAUCGUCAACCAGCUCGCCUUGACGGCGCUGGACGGGCUCAGCGACGAGACGCACGACACGCACCAUCCCAUCUCUGUGGGGUUGACGUACGAGGAGCAGAGUGAGGAGUCGCUCCGGUGCGCGAAGGAGUAUGUCGCGAACCGGUUGCCCAAGUUUAUGGGGUACUUUGAGCGCGUGCUCAAGGGGGAGGCGAGCGGCGAGAGGCCUUGGCUUUAUAAUGGGACGUUUUCGUAUGCCGAUAUUGUGUUGUUCCAGUGCCUCGACGGUGUCAAGUACGCGUUCCCGAGGGCCGUUGGACAACUUAAAAAGACCGGAGACUACGAGAGGGUCUUCGAGUUAUACGAUGCUGUCAAGCAAAGGCCUCGCAUUAAGGCUUAUCUGGAGAGUCACAGACGGCAGAAGUACUCCAUGGGUAUUUACCGCCACUACCCCGAAUUGGAUGACGCUGGAUAA